UUGAGCCAAUCAGCUACAGGGAGGGUGGGACUUCCUGCUCCCGGGCCGGAGCGGCUUAGUAGCCCGGCUUUCCGUGGUCCCAGCUCGCGUGGUGGCGGCGGCAGAGCGUCUCCGUGAGGAGGUGCGCGGGGCCAUGACGUCAGCGUCCACAAAGGUCGGAGAGAUCUUCUCUGCGGCCGGCGCCGCCUUCACGAAACUUGGAGAGCUGACGAUGCAGUUGCAUCCCGUGGCCGACUCUUCCCCCGCGGGUGCGAAGUGGACGGAGACGGAGAUAGAGAUGCUGAGGGCUGCUGUGAAGCGAUUUGGGGACGAUCUUAAUCACAUCAGCUGUGUCAUCAAGGAACGGACAGUGGCUCAGAUAAAGGCCACUGUAAAACGAAAGGUAUAUGAAGAUUCUGGCAUCCCCCUUCCAGCUGAAUCACCCAAAAAAGGGCCCAAGAAGGUGGCAUCUGGUGUCCUGUCGCCUCCUCCAGCUGCCCCUCCACCCAGCAGUUCCAGUAUCCCAGAGUCCGGGGGACCCCCCAUAAAGAAACAGAAGGCUGAUGUGACACUCAGUGCUCUGAAUGACUCCGACGCCAACAGUGACCUGGUGGAUAUUGAAGGGCUAGGAGAAACUCCUCCAGCCAAGAAACUCAACUUCGACCAGGACAGCCUGACCCUGGAUUCUGGCCUUCUCACAACCUCUGCUGAUGCUCCUCUACUCUCCUGCUGAGCCUUCCACCUCUGACCUUCUCGCUAUUCGCCCUGGACCUGUGGAUCACCUGGGACUCAGAACAAGGCCUGCAUGAGAGAGGGAAGGAAGGCUGCCAGGACUGUCACCUGGCUGUCCCUGAUAAUCAUCUGCCCUCAACCCCUGACUUACAUCUGAUGGACAGUUUUAUACAGAAAAUAAAGAUUCUCUCUCAGCA